AACGGCUAGUUCUUUAAUAUGGUGUGUAAAAGCAAAAACAUAUUCUGCCAUUUUGCAAAAGUGGUUUAGCAUUUAUUUUUUUAGUGUGUUUUAUGUUUUUAAAGGACAAUAUACAACAACAAUAAACAAAAGGGGGCACAAGCAAAUGUUUAAAUGGACGCAUCGUCCAUUAUUACACAGGUGUCACGGGAUGACGAACAAUUGAACAGUUAUCCGCCCGAAAAAGGCUCCUUAACGAGAACAGAUAAUGACAUAUCUGAAAUUAAAGUUUCCCAACCGGGGAAUAAGAAAGUUAAACGUGGAUUCUUACGCACGCUCUUAUGUUGUUUGGGAAGAAAUCGUAGCAAGUCUCAGAAUCCUAAGCAGUAUGCGUUCGGCAGCGACUCGCCUACUAGCCCGACGGAUUCACCUAGGUUUCUUUUACCGCCUGUACGACAUCAGGAUAUGCACAAAAUGUGUAUGGUUAUAGAUUUAGACGAAACGCUCGUUCAUAGCAGUUUUAAGCCGAUAAGCAAUGCGGAUUUUGUGGUUCCGGUCGAAAUAGAUGGGACCGUGCAUCAGGUGUAUGUUUUGAAGAGGCCGCACGUCGACGACUUCCUGAAGCGUAUGGGGGAACUAUACGAAUGCGUGCUAUUUACGGCAUCGUUAGCUAAAUACGCCGAUCCGGUCGCCGAUCUUUUAGACAAAUGGGGGGUUUUUAGAGCUCGUCUUUUCCGUGAAAGCUGUGUCUUCCAUAGGGGUAACUACGUUAAAGACCUUAAUAAAUUAGGAAGGGAGUUACAACAAAUUGUUAUUGUUGAUAAUUCGCCCGCUUCUUAUAUAUUCCAUCCAGACAAUGCGGUACCGGUGGCGUCAUGGUUCGACGACAUGUCCGAUUCCGAACUUCUCGACCUGAUACCGUUCUUUGAGAAACUAAGUAAAAUGGAUAGCGUGUAUACUGUGCUGUGUAACUCAAAUCAUCCGUUUAACAACGGCGUCUUAAAGAAUUUAUCGGGUCACUCGUCAGCAGCUCAAACGCCUAGGGAUACGCCAAGUUCGUAGCAUUACGCCACACUCGGAAGAAUGAAUAAGGUGAUUGUGUUUUUUAUCCGAGCUUUUAUAUUGGGAGAAUUUGAUUUGAGAUCAAACUGGUAAUGGUAAUACUUUUUUUUAAUAUUUUUAACGUAAAUUGCAAUUUUAAUCAUUGUACUCCUGUUUUAAUGUGGUGUGUGCGCUUUUAUAAAAUGUGAAAUCUUCCUUACCGCGCCCACCUUGAAAUAAUGUUCUACCAACACCGAAAAUUUGUUGUGUAAAUGUAACAUUGUGUAAUUUUGAUCAAAAAUUGAUUAGUUAUGCAGCUCCAAGGUACUGUUGGCAGUUUGUCGCUUUUAUCGGUAUAUUUGACGCGAGAAAUUUUAUAGAAAAAUUCAUAAACGAAACGCUAGAGCCUUUAAAUUUUUAUUUGAUUGCGCUCAAACUUGGAGUAAAUCACGUAGAAGUCAUGUAAAAAUUUUCAGGUAACCUUACUGUGAUAAAUUAUUUAUUUUUCAAAACCAAACUCGUUUAUGAACUUUUAAGUAAAAAAAGCAAUAAUUAAAAACACAAAAAAAAUGCAUCCCAAUUUGAUUCUGUGCAGUUGAGCGGUGAACAUAUCUUAUGUAUUGAACGGUUUGAUUUACCAUACCCGUCAACGUUCGAGUUAAAAAAAUUCCUUAUGACAUUAAACAAUCAUAUCUCAUCCGAGGUGAUUAAAUGAUAUGGGAACAAUUAGUUCCGGUACAACUGUGGCCUUAACAAUGAAUAUCAGUGACAUUUUGAAUUUUUUUAUUGGAAAAAUUUACUGUAGAUAUUGUACGUAUACCGUUCGCAGAGGUAAGUGGUAUACAGAAUGAAUACGAUUUCGUAAGAUAAAUACGUAAACAAAAUUAAAUAAUUGGUCCACUCUCCCAUUUCUUUUACAGUGACCGGACACGUUUUAGUUGUAAACCACAGAUUGGUAUAGUCAUUAAAAAACCUUCCUCGUGUGUCGUAUGUAACAGGGUUUUUUAAAUUGUGCAAUAAAUUUUUAUUUAUAUACUGCGGUUUGUCUCCGUCAAUUACCGCGAAGCGGUUUUUAUUUUCACACCCUCAGCCAACUAGUCAAAAUUGGUCUUCCUGUACGACACGAACCAAUUAUUUAAUUUUGACGCGUUCGAGUCGAUCUGAUCAUGACUUUUAAUAAAAACCUUUCAGCCUUAAAGGUUGCAAAUUUUAGUAAAUUAUUUUAAUAAUUUGUACAGAAAGUUUUUUUUUUACUAAGGAUUCAGGUUUAAAUAAGUCCUUAUUUAUAUCCGUAUUUUAUUUUAGUACAAAUAUGUUAUGCGAGAAAUUAUUAUUUUAUAUUAAUUUUAACAUUGUACAGAUAUAGCAAUUAUUUAGAAUUAACUAUUUUACAUUUUUAUUAUACAUUUAAACUGUUAUUGCAGUAGGUAGCAGUUCAUAUUUUUGUAAAUCAUAGUUAAAGUACCUCACAUUAAAAACGAAAGUAUUAAAAUUUACAACCUUGUAAAUCUGGAACGAAAAUGUUUCGUUUAUAAUCAAAUACUGUCAAAUCAAAAACAGUUUCAUCUUUGUGUUCAUGGCAACCAUUACCCAAAAGACUACAAAAUGUGCUCGAUUUGUUUUAGAAUUACACCUUCUAUACAUGUACGUGUGAUUGGAAAAUGUUCAAAAUUGUAGCGAUUGACAUUUUAAUUAUAAUUUACGAGAGGAAAUGGAUAUAGCAUUUGCGUUACUAUGUAUAUUAUAUUAAGUUGCAAUAUUCUAAUGUGGGGUGAAAUGAUGUAAAUUAACAUAGAUUUAAUUAAUAUAAUUUUUAUGAAUUGACUCCUUUGUUGUUAUAGAGUAAUAUAUAAUUGUUUAUGUUGAGAGACUAGAACUGUACAUUUGAAUCUUUGUACAAAUUCACUGUUGCAUAAUUGUCAUGUGAAUACAUAAUAUGCCUUGAAUUGUAAAUAAAAGCUGUCAUUUAUAUGUA